AUGGAGAAAGCGAGUCAAGAUAUAAUUAUAAAAUUUAGCGUUAAAUCAAGUGAAAAAUCACUUUAUACACAUAAUUCAAGGAUAUUAGAAGGAUUACCAAUAACAGAAUUACAUCAAAUUGCAGUUAGUAAUAAGAUAAAAUUAAGAGAACAAUCAAGAGCUUUUCACAUUUACAAAAUUAAAGAACUACUUUUGUUAACAAAAUUUGAAUCAACACAAUGUAUAUGUUAUCUUUGUCAAAAACAACAAAAAUCAAAUAAUAACAAUGUGGAGAUACCAACAAAUAAGUCACAAUUUAAAGAUAUUGUAAAAUUUACGAUUUUAAAUUUAAUAAAGAUCCAAGCUCAUUUAAAUGAGACUUAUAAAUUUCCAAUUACGGAAAGAAAAUUAGCGCUUAAUGAAGUCUAUUUAAAUUAUUUCAAUGCUUAUGAUAUUCAAACAUAUAUAGCAACACAUAAUGAUAUAUUAAAUAUUAAAACAUCAUUAUUCUCUGAUAAUUUAGAAAGUAUUGAAGGGGUUUUAAAAAGUUUUCCAAAUGAAUUUGUUAGUGCUCACAUGCAUUUUAGAACAUUUUAUAUUACAUUAAAAGAAUAUGGAGCACCACCAACACCAUCAAAAUCACCAUCAAAAUCAACACCAUCAAAAUCACCAUCAAAAUCGACAACACCAUCAAAAUCAACAACACCAAUGCCAUCAACAACGCCAUCAACAUCAACACCAUCAACAUCAACAACACCAUCAACAUCAACACCAUCAACAUCAACAUCUAGAUCAACACCUAGAUCAACAUCAAUAUCAACAUCAACAUCAACAUCAACAUCAACAUCAACAUCAACAUCAACAUCAACAUCAACAUCAACAUCAACAUCAACAUCAACAACAUCAUUAAAAUCAACAUCCACAUCGAAAGAAUCAUUACCAUUAUCAUCAUUAUUAUCAUCGACAACAACAUCAACACCAAUACCAAUAAAUAAUAAUCAAUAUGAUAAAGUGGAUAAUAAAAGUGAAAAUAAAGAAAUAAUAACAAGAAAUAAUGUUCUCACUAUUCGAGUACCAAGUAACGACAAAAAAAAUAAACUUACACCAACCAAAAAAACAACAACUUCAACUACAACAGAGCCAACACAAAAAUCGUCUUCAAUAAUAGAUGAAAAACAAAAACAAAAACAAAAAGAAAUAGAAAUAGAAAUAGAAAAAGAAAAAGAAAAAGAAAAAGAAAAAGAAAAAGAAAAAGAAAAAGAAAAAGAAAAAGAAAAUGAAAAAGAAAAAGAAAAAGAAAAAGAAAAUGAAAAAGAAAAAGAAAAUGUAAAUGAAUAUGAAGAUGAAAAAAAAAGUAUACUUUUUUCAAAAAAACCACAAUCAGUAUUAAAUUUUAUUCAAGAUGAUGAAAUGAAUGAUAAUAAUUUAAUUAAUGAUGAAAUUGAAAUAAUAAGAAGAAAAAUUAGAUUAAAUAUUAGAAGUUAUGAAACAAGAGUAAUGAAUAGUUUUAAUUUUUAUCCACUUAUUUGUAGAUCGAAUUUAGAUAAAUUUGGAUUUAGUUUAGCUUCAGAGUAUGUUAGAUUCUUAAUUUUAAAGAUAUUUGAAGAUACACCAACUAAAGAGAAUGAUCAAGAGGUUAGUCAUAAUCAAGUUUUUGUUUUUCAAAGAUCAUCAAUACAACCACCACCAAUCUUGGAAUCAUUUUGGAAUUCUCACGUUUUAGAUUCAUUUAGUUAUUAUAAUUUUCAUAAAAUUUUAGGUGUAGAAAUUCAUACUGAUCCUUUUUCAUCUGAUGAUUUAAAUAUUAAAGAAAUAAAUUAUCAAAAAACUUUAAAAUUGUAUCAAUCAUAUUUUGAAAAGAGUCGCUAUUAUUCAGAUAUUUGGGUUCCUUCUUUAACUCAAAGUUCUUCAGUACCUUCUAAACCCCCAUUCCCAUCAUCAAAAAAAAGAGAAAGAGAAUAUGAAAAUGAUGAUGAAAGAGAAAGCAAAAAUCAGGAAAAUGAAAAAGAAAAAGAAAAAGAAAAGGUAGAAAAUGGUUUUAAUAUAGAUGAUGAAAUUAUUAUUAAAGUUCAAACAAAUACUCGUUCAAGUGAUGGUUCUUCAAUAUGUAAAUUUAUUCACUUUAGAGUUAAUAAAAAAGUGAAAUUAAAUAAAUUGGAGGAUGCAACCAAAGAAAAAAUUAAUAUUAAUCACUUGAAAUUCUCAUUUAAUGGUAAACCAUACACCACAAAUGAUUCAAUUUUAUCAUUAAAUAUUAAAGAUGGUGAUAUUAUUCUUGCUGAACAAACUAUUCAAUAA